AUGUUCGGGCGAUGCUUUUCGGUUGCAUUCCGCGUGAAUUACGGCAGCUGUUCAACCGAUAGCGUGAUCGUUGAACUCGGAGUAGCAUCCGUAGUAUUGCGACACCCGUCGAGGCGGUUGGAAAUCGGCAGCAUCACUUCGGCGACGUGUCACGUCCCGGUAGCGGAAUUCGGUUGCGGCAAGCACGCGCGUGACCGCAGCCCGAAACGCACGAUCGGCAAAUUAGCCGAGGGGGGCUAUUCUUGUGUUCCCCGUCAUAUUGCUUGCAGUGAAACCCGUGCGGCAACGCUGUCCGCGAGAGCCGUUCAAUUAUGUGGAAUCAGACACCGAGAACUUAUUGCUAAUGAGAGGACUUUGUCGGCGUCAUGGUGCGGGGCGUGGUCAUGCCCAAGGGCCGCU